UACUUGUACACGUCUAUUUUCUUGUUGGUCCUUUUGUAGUGCCCCAUGACUGGUGUGUUUGUUAUAGGACUAUUAUAUGGUUGAGCUCAUUGGAUGUCUUCUUUUCUGUGGCAUGGUGGCCCAUUCAAUCAGACAGUGCUGAUCAGGGGCGGACUGAGAACUAAAAGUAGCCCCAUGUUGCAGCAGGCUGGUUCCAACAAUGCCACUUGUUGUGAUGUGCGGAUUCCCUUGCAGCGGAAAGAGUCGUAGAGCAUUAGAGCUGAAGGAACACUUGGAGCAGAAGGGAAGAAAAGUUUACAUUGUUGGAGACCAUGGUCUAGGAGUAGAUAAGAAUUCCGUGUAUGCAGACUCCCGAAAAGAGAAGGAAGUACGUGGAUCUUUAAGGGCCGAAGUUGAAAGGAAAUUAAAUAAAGAAGAUGUUGUCAUUCUGGAUUCCCUCAACUAUAUUAAAGGUUAUAGGUAUGAGCUGUUUUGUCUUAUUAAACAUGUGCAGACGCCACACUGCCUGAUUCAUUGUCUGACAUCUCCAGACACAAGCUCCAGCUGGGACCAGGACAGACAACAGGAUGACCAAUAUACACAAGCAGUAUUUGAUGCUUUGGUGCAGAGGUUUGAGGCUCCAGAUUCUCGAAAUCGUUGGGACAGCCCUCUUUUUACUGUACAUAAGGAUGAUGUGCUACCACUGGAACAGAUCAGUAAUGCAAUUUUCCACAGAAAAGCACCUCCACCCAACCAGUCUACACAAACGCAACCUUUGUCCUCUACAAAUUUUCUGCAUGAGUUAGACAAGGUGACACAGGACGUUGUGACGGCCAUUCUAAGUGCCCAGAAGACCAGUGUUCCAGGAGAUAUCAUUACAGUGCCAGGAGCCACCGAAAAAAUGCAGCUGCCACAUAUGCUAAACAUGUCAGAAUUGCGGAGGCUUCGUCAGCAGUUCAUCAGUUACACCAAACUUCAUCCCAAUGAGAACAUCUCACAGCUUGCAAAUAUGUUUGUACAGUACCUGAACCAAAGUAUACGCUGAAGAGACGCCCGCCAGGAGCGGCUCAUAUCACAAAAUCUGCUAUUUUCAGCUAUUAAAGGACAUCUGUCAGCAGAUUUGUACCUAUGAAAUUGGCUGACCUGUUGCAUGUGCACUUGGCAGCUGUAAGCAUCUGUGUUGGCCCACGUUGCUGCUAGAGGCUUAUU